AUGGCAACCCCUCCGCACCUUGCUUCUGUCAUCAGGAGCGGCCGCGAAGCACAAUCACGCCGCAAGAGCGCGGCAGUCCCACCAGACCAAGUCGCGCCGGACGAAUAUCCGACAUUCACGCGGCCUAUCAGUCCGGAAUUAGAUGAAUCCAAGCGCUACACGCACGAUCCCCCAAAGAGGAAACGCACGAAUCCGUGGACGUUCCACCGCGACUCAAAUUCCUCGGAAAGUGGAGACGACUGCGACCGACCACUGACGAGGAGGCUCUCCAGGAAGGCCUCCAAUGUCUUCCACAUCUUCACGCCGCAGCGGACCCGUAGCAAUUCAUCUGCUGCCCCACCACAGCACCUCUCAGAAACACCCGAGGACCAAGAGCGGGAGGAACAUGUGCAACCCGCUGCAAAGAGACGCCACGUGACUGCGGAACGGCGGAAGUCCUCUCUCAAACACCUUAUGGAGUUUAUCUGGGGCAAGCGGAAAGACUCUGCAACUUCCGAGAAUCCACACCUCCCGGCGCCCCCUCUGGAUGAGGACGAUCACGCCACUGGCCUGCGGCAGCGCUUUCCCCUUAAGCACUCGCAGUCCCUCUUCACCUCGGAUCCUGACGACAUUAUCUACAUGAGCGGCGCCCUACCUGCCAGUACGCCAAACAGGUCUCCCCUGGGCGACUUGGGCGGCUUCAGCCUAGAUUUCCUCGUCAACCCCAAUAUCACAGAGCGCAAGCCCCGCAAGGCCUCAGCCGCGGCAAUAAGCAUCAACUCCGACGAACCCUCCAUAUUCCAGAGCUUUGGGAACAGCAUCAUAGGCUACAGUCCCCCGCCGACCCCAAAGAACAAACGCUCAGUCCACGAUCCCAACACCGAGAUGUCCAGCUUCCAUGAGUGCCACAACUCCCUCAGGCGCCCCGGGACUGGGCCUCCCUCCAGUGGGAGCGGAAAGUACACCGACAUUGCCGUUGCCGGCACCUCAACCCGACACGCCGUCGCGCCUUGGGAACAAUCAGAGGCCGCAUCUCCAUCCACCUCCAUCAUCGGCGUCCUGCCCUCCCUCUCCUCGGUAGAAAGUACGUCCCACGUCUCGCUCCCGACCUUCGCGCUGCCGCCCCCGACAGCGAAUUCAAGCACCGUAGCACUGCACACGCCAUCCCGCUCGCAUUCACCCACGCAGGCUCCGUGGUGGGCUAUGUUGAUGGACGUGUGUCCGGCGAGUCGCAGUAUCGAUCCGGCGGAGGUUAAUAGUGAAAGGCCGGAGCUGUGGGCACCGCCGAGUCCUGGUCUUGCACCACUGAUGCAGAUGCCGGGAUCGUUCAUCCCUUCGCCGCCAACCUCGACUCACCAUCUCAAAGUCGCGGACGUCGAUACGCGGCCGUCCACAGCCGCAGACUCCCUCGACGAACGGGAACUACGGUUGAGGCGCUCGGGGAGUCUGCGGCGCGAAGCGAGCGCGUUAGAGGGCAUGGAGGGGAUGGAGGGGUUUGGAUAUGUGGGGACGGCGAUGAGAUGGGGCGAUGGGGAGGGAAAGUGGGGGCUGGAGGGGGAGAUGAAGAGGGAAAGGGAUAUAGGUAGGUAG